AUGGCUGUCGGUCCUCUCGGUCCCUCUGGUGGCCCCAAGGUCAAGAAUUCAUGGCAUAUUGGAUCAUGGGGUAACCCCUACGAGGGUGGCGGCCGUCCUGGCAAGGGCGUCAUCAGCUACGCCCUCAGUCCCAACCGCCAGCGCCCCAUGGCUGGUUUCAUUUCCAAGGGCUUCUGGAACGUUGUUCGUCGCUCGAAGAACCAGGUGCUCUUCUUCAUCCCCCCGUUCGUGGUCGCAUAUGGCACCAUGCAAUGGGCUAUUGAGAGGAACGAAUUCCUCAACUCAAAGGCGGGACGCGCCCUCUAUGGCGACGAGGAGGAGUAG